GCGGCCAAGAUGGCGGCGCCCGGGGAGCCGGGGCGCUCGUACCGCGGGAGCCUCUUCUCCUUCCUGCCGGGCGGCGCGCGCUCCGAGGUGACGGACGACCUGGCGACGGACGCGCGGGGCCGGGGCGCGGGGCGCAGGGACGCCGCGGCCACUGGCGCCGCCGGCCAGCCGCCGGCCCCGCAGCGCGCCGAGGACGCCGCGCAGAGGCGGCCCUGCCGGGCCUGCGUGGACUUCAAGGCGUGGAUGCGGACGCAGCAGAAGCGGGACACGAAGCUUAGAGAGGACUGUCCACAGGACCGCGAGGAGCUGGGCCGCCACAGCUGGGCGCUGCUGCACACCCUGGCCGCCUACUACCCGGACCUGCCCACCCCGGAGCAGCAGCAGGACAUGGCCCAGUUCAUCCAUUUGUUCUCCAAGUUUUACCCGUGUGAGGAGUGCGCGGAAGACAUCAGAAAGAGGAUCCACAGGAACCAGCCGGACACCCGCACCCGAGCGUGCCUCACCCAGUGGCUGUGCCGCCUGCACAACGAGGUGAACCGCAAGCUGGGCAAGCCCGAGUUUGACUGCUCACAAGUGGACGAGCGCUGGCGCGACGGCUGGAGGGACGGCUCCUGCGACUAGAGGACGGCCAGCCAGGACCCGAGGGGGCUGCCGGCGGCAGAGGGGCAGGGCACUCAUUAAAGUGCGUCAGAGCCACAGCUGUCGCGUCUUCGUUGGGUGGUCCCAGGACACUGCCUUUCCCCUCGCAGGUGUGCGGCCGCCUCUUCAGCUGGGGCCUGGGCGCGGGCGCGCAGGGGAGGGAGGCAGGAAGGAGCGUCCCAUCUCCACGAUGGCUCAGCCCAAGAGAGGCUGGGGCUCCCUCUUCCUGCCCCGUGAGGCCCUGCUGUGCCUCUCCCCACAGAGUGCCGUGGCCCCAGCGGCUCUGUGCCGUUGCCACUUUGGGAGUGAGGCCUGGGCCUGAGUACUCCAAGUUAGGCCCAGCCCCAUGGGGAAGUCGGGGCGGUGUUUUUGCUGCCACGCCCAGCCUGGCACGGGCCCUCUGAAGGUGUGCCAGGACGGUGCAGGGCUCAGAGAACACCAGAAUAAAGUGCUGGACACGA